AUGGUUCUUCAAGAUCUUGGCCGCCGCAUCAAUGCGGCUGUCAGCGACCUGACGCGCGCCCCCAAUCUCGAUGAAAAGGCAAGUUGCCGACUUGCGCCGAUUCCUGCCUUUGAUUCUAUGCUCAAGGAAAUAUGCUCCGCCCUUCUCGAAGCCGAUGUCAACGUACGCCUCGUCGGCCAGCUCCGCAAAUCGAUUCGCUCGACCGUCAACUUCAAAGAGCUCCCGCCCGCCGUCAACAAGAAACGCCUCAUCCAGAAAGCGGUGUACGAUGAACUCGUGCGCCUCGUCGACCCGCACGCCGAGCCGUUCAAGCCCAAGAAGGGCAAGUCCAACGUCAUCAUGUUCGUCGGUCUUCAGGGUGCCGGAAAGACGACAACAUGCACAAAACUCGCCCGACACUACCAGUCGCGAGGGCUCCGCGCGUGUCUGGUGUGCGCCGAUACGUUCCGUGCCGGUGCUUUCGAUCAGCUGAAGCAAAACGCGACCAAGGCCAAGAUCCCAUACUACGGCAGUUUGACGGAGACGGAUCCUGCUGUGGUGGCCCGGGAAGGCGUGGAGAAAUUCAAGAAGGAGCGGUUCGAGGUCAUCAUCGUCGACACGUCGGGUCGGCACAGGCAGGAGAGCGCGCUGUUCCAGGAGAUGACGGAUAUCCAGACGGCCAUCAAGCCGGACGAGACCAUCAUGGUUCUGGACGCGUCGAUCGGCCAGCAGGCGGAGGCCCAAGCCAAAGCGUUCAAGGAGGCAGCCGAUUUUGGGGCUAUCAUUAUCACCAAGACCGACGGCCACGCGGCAGGUGGUGGUGCCAUCUCGGCCGUCGCGGCCACGCACACACCCAUUGUCUUCAUCGGUACGGGUGAGCACAUGCUCGAUUUUGAGCGCUUCGUGCCACGGAAUUUUAUCAGCAAGCUCUUGGGCAUGGGUGACAUGGCUGGGUUAGUGGAGCAUGUGCAAAGCCUGAAGCUGGACCAGAAGGAAACGAUCAAACACAUCAGCGAGGGUAUCUUCACGGUCCGCGAUCUGCGCGACCAGCUGCAGAACAUCAUGAAGAUGGGCCCGCUCAGCAAGAUGGCGGGCAUGAUCCCCGGCAUGAGCAACAUGAUGCAAGGGAUGGACGACGACGAAGGGUCGCUCAAGCUGAAGCGGAUGAUCUAUAUCUGCGACAGCAUGACUGACAAGGAACUCGACAGCGACGGCAAGAUCUUGAUUGAGCAACCGACGCGGAUGACGCGGAUCGCGCGGGGGUCCGGGACGACGGUGCGUGAGGUCGAGGACCUGCUGACGCAGCAGCGCAUGAUGGCGGGCAUGGCCAAGAAGAUGGGCGGCAACAUGAAGAACAUGCAGCGGGCGCAGAGCGCCAUGGCGGGCGGCAACAAGGCGCAGCAGCUCGCAGCGAUGCAAAAGCGGUUGCAGAGCAUGGGCGGUGCUGGCGGGGCCGGUGGCAUGCCAGACAUGGCCAGCUUGAUGAAGAUGUUUGGUGGUGGCGGUGGCGGUGGCGGUGGGAUGCCUGGGCUGGGAGGGAUGGACAUGAAUGCGAUGAUGAAGCAAAUGAGUGGGAUGAUGGGUGGGCAAGGGGGUGGCGGCCGCGGAGGGCGGAGGUAA